AUGGCAGAUUCCAUUAGUCCCCGGCAUUUACUUGUGUCUGAAAUUGAUUAUGAGCUGAAGUUCAGAGGAGUCCUUGCUAACUGUGGACGUCCUGAGAAAAUAACACUUUUAAAGCGCCUUUUAGAUAAAGUAGCUCAGGGUGGCAAUCAAUCAAACGUUGGUGUCUAUAAAUUUACCUUUGCAUUUCCUACCGAGUCUAUAGAAAUUGAUACCACAAUUGCUAGCAUCACUACCUUGGUUGCUGACUUUGAAGGCAAUCCUUCUGAUACACUUUUCCUCAAAAUCAAAACCCGUCUUGCACAUGUAAUGGCACGUAUCCAAAGACUUAUCGUUCCUGAGGAUGACACUAAAGACGAAGAAAUAUGA